GACAAAGAAAUUAAAAUAACAAAAAGAAAAAAUUAAAGAGACAUGUCGUCGGCGUGUCGAGACAACUGGGAGAGGCUGAUGGCGAUAGUGUUGAAGAGACAACAGUAUUUGGAGCUGUGUAACAAGCCACACUCAAGAAGCCCCAGCACCAGCACCAUUUCUUCUGAUUUCAGUGAAGAAUCUCUCAGUCAAGAAUUAGGGUUCGUUUCUCAAUUUCCAUUUCCUCAACGUCCGUCCCUAUCCCAAGCUGUGGGCAACAAUACCAUUACACGGAGGCUAUUUUCUCCUUGGUACCAAAGCAGGAAAAUGGAGUCCCCAUUGGAGAUUCUGCGACCAACUUCGCUGGCGGAUGCCUCCGACGCUGUUUGGGAUAGAUUUCUGCCCUCGGAUUUGCUGCAGAUUGUGUCGAGAUCAGUAUCACCGGUGGUUUACGCCAACAAGAAAGAGCUUUACUCCAGACUUUGCCACUCUCCGAUUCUCAUCGACGCCGGAAAAUUGAGCUUUUGUCUGGAAAAAGAAAGUGGGAAGAAGUGCUACAUGGUGGGAGCAAGUGAUCUGCGAAUUAUCUGGUGUGGCGAUUCCCCACAAUACUGGGACUUGGUAUCCGAUAAAAAUUCAAGAUUCUCAAAGGUUGCUGUGUUGAAAUCUGUUUGUUGGCUUGAAAUCCAAGGCACCAUAGACACACGGAUGCUAUCCUCCAACACCAUCUACGGAGCUUAUCUGGUGUUCAAGCUGGAUGAUCGGAAAGCUUACGGACUCAAAUCAGCAAACGCAUUUGUGAGGUUCACGGAGGAUAAAGUCGACGGUGGUGACACGAGAAACGCUAUCCUCCAUCACUUCAACCAGGAGAAUGCUCGCAACCGCCACAGGCGCCGGACUAGAAAGGCGCCCGUGAGGAUAGGCGACGGGUUAACGGAGAUUGUGGCGGUGCACCUGCAAGCCGCCACUGGAUCUCAGCAACAGCAUAGUGGAAGAGUAGCUGUGCGGAGAAGUGAUGAAUGGAUGGAGGUGGAGUUGGGAAGCUUCUAUAGAGAUGGAGGCGACGACGGCACGGUCGAGACGUGGCUAUUGGGAACGGAAGGACGUCAAUGGAAGUCUGGCCUCAUUGUUCAGGGCAUUGAGUUUAGGCCCAAGCCAUAAUUCCUUCUAGAUUUUAGAUUUAUUUAUUGAGUGAAACCCCUGCUCUAGCCAAAAUCUUUUAGCUGUAGGAAAAAAUAUCCAUGAAGAUAAAAAUGUGGAAAAUGUAGUCUUUUUAGUGUUGAAAUGACUAAGUUAUCCUUACUAAUAUAUUUUAAAUAAAUAUUUUUUUUA